AUGCUCGGCAAGGUGAGAGGCUGGGUACAAAUCUGCCGGGGGGCUACCCUUUUGUUCCUUUUUUGCCACCUGGGUUACGUUGGUGGGCAGAUCCGAUACCCGGUCCCAGAGGAGUCACAGGAAGGGACUUUUGUGGGGAAUGUCGCCCAAGAUUUCCUGCUGGAUACCGAGAGCUUGGCAGCUCGCAGGCUGCAGGUCGCUGGAGAGGUGAACCAAAGACACUUCCGUGUGGAUUUGGACAGCGGUGCCCUGCUCAUCAAGAAUCCAAUCGAUCGAGAGGCACUGUGUGGGCUCAGUGCCAGCUGUAUUGUGCCCCUGGAGUUUGUAACAGAAGGGCCUUUGGAAAUGUACCGAGCAGAGGUAGAAAUUGUGGAUGUGAAUGAUCACGCCCCCAGAUUCCCUCGGCAGCAGCUGGACUUGGAAAUUGGGGAGGCAGCUCCUCCAGGACAGCGUUUCCCCUUGGAAAAGGCUCAGGAUGCAGAUGUGGGGAGCAACUCCAUCAGCAGCUAUAGACUAAGCUCCAAUGAACACUUUGCCCUAGAUGUAAAGAAGCGCAGCGACGGCAGCCUGGUCCCAGAGCUGCUCCUGGAGAAACCUUUGGAUCGGGAAAAGCAGUCAGACUACCGCCUAGUGCUGACUGCUGUGGAUGGCGGGAACCCCCCAAGAUCUGGCACGGCAGAGCUGCGGGUGUCAGUGCUGGACGUGAAUGACAACGCCCCAGCCUUCCAGCAAUCCAGCUAUAGGAUUAGCGUCUUGGAGAGCGCGCCAGCCGGCAUGCUGCUCAUCCAGCUCAAUGCCUCCGACCCAGACCUGGGUCCCAGUGGUAACGUCACCUUUUCUUUCAGUGGUCACACCCCUGAUCGUGUGAGAAGCCUCUUCAGCCUGCACCCCACUAAUGGAAAGCUUACCCUUCAAGGACCCCUAGACUUUGAGAGUGAGAAUUACUAUGAAUUUGAUGUGCGGGCUCGAGAUGGGGGCUCUCCAGCCAUGGAGCAACAUUGCAGCCUUCGGGUGGAUCUCCUGGAUGUGAAUGACAACGCCCCCCACAUCACAGUGACCUCAGAGCUGGGGACUCUCCCUGAGAGUGCAGAGCCUGGCACUGUGGUGGCACUCAUCAGUGUGCAGGACCCUGACUCAGGUUCAAAUGGGGACGUGAGCCUCCGUAUUCCCGACCAUUUGCCUUUCACCCUCAAGUCCGCCUUCAGGAAUCAGUUCUCCCUGGUGACUGCUGGGCCCUUGGACCGAGAGGCCAAAUCCAGCUAUGAUAUCAUGGUCACUGCUUCUGAUGCCGGGAGCCCUCCUCUGAGUACCCACAGGACCAUUUUCCUUAACAUUUCGGAUGUGAAUGAUAACCCACCCUCUUUCUUCCAGAGGUCACAUGAGGUGUUUGUUCCAGAGAACAAUCGCCCAGGGGACCUGCUCUGCUCCCUUGCGGCCUCUGAUCCCGACUCUGGCUUGAAUGCACUUAUCUCCUACUCUCUCCUCGAGCCCAGAAAUCGAGAUGUGUCAGCAUCCUCCUUCAUCUCCCUGAACCCCCAGACGGGAGCUGUUCAUGCUACUCGAUCCUUUGACUAUGAGCAAACACAGACACUGCAGUUUGAGGUGCAAGCCCGGGAUCGGGGCAACCCACCCCUUAGCAGCACUGUGACAGUUCGUCUGUUUGUGCUGGACCUCAAUGACAAUGCCCCAGCUGUACUCCGCCCUAGGGCUCGGCCUGGUUCCUUAUGUCCCCAAGCACUGCCUCCGUCAGUUGGUGCUGGCCACCUAGUCACAAAGGUGACCGCUGUGGACUUGGACUCAGGUUACAAUGCUUGGGUUUCGUACCAGCUCCUGGAGGCCCCAGACCCCAGCCUGUUUGCAGUCUCCCGCUAUGCCGGGGAGGUGCGGACAGCUGUUCCCAUCCCAGCUGAUCUCCCGCCGCAGAAGCUGGUCAUUGUGGUAAAGGACAGUGGUAGCCCACCACUGUCUACUUCCGUCACUCUCCUGGUGUCCUUGGAAGAAGACACUCAUCCAGUUGUUCCUGAUCUUCGAGAGUCUUCGGCUCCAAGGGAAGGAGAAUCCCACUUGACCCUCUACUUGGCUGUAUCUCUAGUGGCAAUUUGCUUUGUUUCCUUUGGCUCAUUCGUGGCGCUCAUCUCGAAGUGCCUGCGUGGGGCUGCCUGUGGAAUGACCUGCUUUCCUGCUGGCACCUGUGCCUGUCUCACCCGGUCUCGAAGGAGGGAGGGGCUUCCUCCUUCCAGUGGGAUCCUCCGAAUCCAGCUAGGGUCAGAUGAUCCUAUCAAGUUUGUCGAUGUGGGCGGCCACUCUCAUGGCUGUACACCCUUGGCUUCUGCACCCACUCGGAGUGAUAGCUUCAUGAUGGUGAAGUCACCCAGUGCACCUAUGGCAGGGGAACCCGUUCGCCCAAGCUGCCCACCCUCUGAUCUUCUCUAUGGGCUAGAGGUGAGACCUUUGCAGGCUCAGCCAAUGCUUGAGGGUUAUUCUGAUGCAGGCAUGUGGCUGGGCCAUGUCCCAGAGAAUAUAUUGGUCUCUCUGUAA